AUGCCUGACCAAAGAGCAAGGGGACUACAUCCUUCGGGAGGUCCACAGCGGAAUCUGCGGGGACCAUUCUGGUUCCCGAUCGCUCGCACACAAGGUCUUCCGGCAGGGUUAUUUCUGGCCGACUCUGCAUCAGGAUGCCAACACACUAGUCAAGAAGUGCGACAAAUGCCAACGGUUCGGUAG